AUGAACCAGGAAGUGGUCAAAGUCAUCUUGGAUAGCAAGAAAGAUAUCUGGAGAAAUGAAGAGCUGCUGAAGCUUGUACAAGAUUACUUCAAUGACAGCUUGCCCACCCUUGAUUUCUGUGCUUCCCUCGAGAAUUGCUUGAAGCAUGUGCGUGAUGCCCAUUUGCAGAUUUUCACCGCCCUUCAUUGUUUUGAAGAAGAAGAUGGGGAGGGCUGUUGCAGUUACUCAAAAAUCUUGGAGGAACUGACAAAUUUCAAGGAGACCGGAGACCCUUUCACCAGGGAGUUCUUUGAGCUCUUUCAGACAAUUUACAAGCUACAGAAGUUCAUGCUCAAGAAGUUGUGGAUCAAGAAGAAGAAGAUUGAGAAGAAGCUUAAGAGCAUACAGAUGUGGAGGAAAAUCUCAAGCAUGAUACCGGUUGCAACUUUCGCAGCCAUUCUAAUCUAUUCUGUCACAACUGCUACGGUGGCUUCUCCGCCAGUUGUUGCUGCCCUAGCAGCUGCAACCGCCAUGGAUGUGAUUGGCAAGUGGAUUGACUCCCUUUGGAGGAAUUGUGAAGAAGCACUGAAGAGACGGGAGGAGGUGAUCACCUCGAUGCAAGUGAGUGCUACAAAGCUUUUCCCUCCCUUUUUGUAAUUACAGUGACCGUCCCCGUAAUUUCGUCAA